AUCACAUACCGAAAUUUGAUCUGUUUGUGUGUGCUGAGGGUUGGACGUUUGCUGUCACCUGCUUCAUAUGUGUGUGUGCGUGCGUAUGCCUGUGUAUGUGUGUGUCAUGCACCAGCAUCGCUGACAGAUGGCGUGUCCUUUUGCUUUAAGAAAUAUUGUACUCUCGAGGCUCUUUCGCAACUUUUUUAAACACAACCGCGACAAAAAGAAUCUGCUAUAAUAUGAUCAUCACACUCGAUCAUGUGAUCCUCCGCGUUUGCUUUCAUCCCUCCGAUUCCAGGCAUCAUCAUCCCAUCAUUAACAGCUUAACACACACACACACACACAAAAUAUCAGCAACAAAAUCCACACAAGGAUCGCCUGUUUUGUUCGAAAACUAAACGCAUUACUGAUUUUAUGAUAUCGCAUGUGCGUGCGUCCUGUACGCGCGUGUGUAUACAGAUUGUGUGUGUGUGUGUGUCAGUAAUAAAUGCAGAACCGCCUCACUCUAAUCAAGCUGAUUAAAAAUUCCUGCGCGCUUGCAGGCGGAAAUCCACCAUCAUCAUCAUCCUCAUCCUCCGGCACUUUUACUUUUUUCGCAUUGACCAUCCUCCUCCAGGACAGCGGGAGCAUCCCCCCCAAAAUCCGUCUUCAAUCGCGUCGUUUAGCUGGUUUAGAGAUGAGGAGAAGCGGCAGGCAGCGCGGAGAGGGAGGGAUGAGCCGAUGCAACUCAUAAUUUAAUGGGGACAGAGAGAGAGAGAGAGAGAGAGGGAGAGAGAGAGACGCACACACAUACACACACAGAAAGAGAGAGGGAGACAGAAGGGAAACAGAAAGAAAAGGACCGAGCGCGAAUGUUACAAAUGUAACAACAAACGGAAGAUAGAAUGUAACGCGGGCGCGCUUCUGGAAUGCGCGGAUGCUUUGAUGCUUCGUUCGACGUUCGAAAGUGUAUCGCGCACUUUUAAAGCGGCUUUGGAUCCGCGUACGGGCUCGAGAUGAGACGGCAGGUCGCCGGGGCUUCGUGCUGUUGUUCUUCGGCUAGAUGAGAGGCGAUCCACGAGCGCUUUCUGUUCCCGUAGGCUCGUAUUGUUGACGCUCGAAUGGGAUGCGUUGGGAACGCUGCCGUUGCGCUGGACGUGAUCGUAAACUCCAUUGAACUCUACAGACUCGCCGGAGCUCGUCGCAUUUCGGUGUGAUUGCGUGCAAUCGCUGUUAUUUUAAUAGAUCACAUCUCGUUUUAAAGUACUUUACUGUUCGUGUUUGUGUAUUAAGCGAUGCAAUUAAUGAUUUUAGCGUUGGUGUUGGCGAUCUGGAAGUUUUGCGUACUUUAGAAUAGAAAUAGCUGUCAUAAAACUGAAAUCCGAGGGAAGUUUGUGCUGCUCCUGGCAAAACUUGAAGUCGCUGUUCAUCCUCAGCUCCUUAUAUGCUUGUCUUAAAGUGGUGACAGUGAGCAGUGGUGCUGAGAACCAUGGAGCAUCUCAGCGAAACAUGCCUGGGGAAGGAGAACUGCGAGAUGGUCAACAGUUUGAACGACAGCAAGGGCCCUCCGGCUAAACUGGCCCGUCUGGAGCAGAACGGGAGCCCACCGGGUCGCUCUCGUCUGGGCAGCACUGGAGCCAAGCUCUCCGGCGUGCCCUUUAAACCCCCUGGACAUCAUCUGAAGGCCUGCCACAAGAGGGGUAACAUGCUGCCGGUGUUCUGUGUGGUGGAGCACUACGAGAGCCCGUUGGAGUUCGACAGCAAAGAGGAACACGCCGAGUUCGUCCUGGUCAGAAAAGACAUGCUCUUCAACCAGCUCAUCGAGAUGGCCUUGCUCUCUCUGGGUUACUCGCACAGUUCAGCCGCACAGGCUAAAGGUCUGAUUCAGGUGGGCAAGUGGAACCCAGUGCCUCUUUCCUACGUGACGGAUGCGCCAGACGCCACAGUGGCGGACAUGUUACAGGAUGUGUACCAUGUGGUCACGCUGAAAAUCCAGCUACACAGUUGUCCUAAACUGGAAGACCUUCCUCCAGAGCAGUGGACCCACUCUACAGUAAGAAAUGCGCUCAAGGAGUUACUCAAAGACAUGAACCAGAGCUCUCUGGCUAAAGAAUGUCCCUUAUCACAGAGUAUGAUUUCUUCAAUUGUUAACAGCACUUACUAUGCAAAUGUGUCUGCGGCCAAGUGUCAAGAGUUUGGACGCUGGUACAAACAUUUCAAGAAGACAAAAGACAUGAUAGUCGUGCGCCAGCCCUCUCAGCUGGAGGGUUACCUGGGGACGUGUGUCCUCCACGACAGUCCACGCGCCACCACGUUAGCUGAGAUGGACGGUCUGUCAGAUCUUUCUCCACCGGGAACCAAUCACCUCAGCUUCAGCCAGCAGCCCAUCCCGGGCAGCACUGCGGAGCAGGCCCCGUCCCCCCUGCCCGUAUCCCACACCAGUCAAGCCCCUGGCCGAGCGCAGCUGCCCGGCCUGCACCCGGGCCUGGUGUCCACCCCCAUCAGCCCUCAACUGGUGAACCAGCAGAUUGUCAUGGCCCAGAUCCUCAACCAGCAGUACGCAGUCAACCGUCUCCUGGCUCAGCAGUCUCUGAGCCAGCAGUACCUGAACCACCCGCCGGUCAACCGUGCGCUCAACAAACCGCUGGAGGCGCAGGUGUCCUCCAACGCAGAGGUGUCCGCCGACAUCUACCAGUGGGUGAGAGACGAGCUGAAGAGGGCAGGAAUCUCACAGGCCGUGUUCGCACGCGUGGCCUUCAACAGGACACAGGGUCUUCUCUCUGAGAUCCUUAGGAAAGAGGAAGACCCCAAAACGGCAUCUCAGUCUCUUCUGGUCAACCUGCGAGCGAUGCAAAACUUCCUGCAGUUACCAGAAGCCGAGCGAGAUCGCAUUUACCAGGAGGAGAGAGAGCGAAGUUUGACUGCAGCCUCAGCCAUGGGUCCCGCGCCGCUUAUUAGCACUCCUCCCUCACGCCCUGUACAGCCCAGAAGAGAGGAGUGUAACAAUGUGAGACCAGAAGACUGGAAUCCCAGAAUUCCAGUGGGCAUCUCUCCUGUAAAGCCCAAUCCUCUGAGCAGCGAGUGGAACGGUAAAUCAGAGAGCUGCGUGUUAAACAUCAACUCCUCCAUCUACGACGAGAUCCAGCAGGAGAUGAAGAGGGCCAAAGUUUCCCAGGCCAUGUUCGCCAAGGUCGCCGCUUCCAAAAGCCAGGGCUGGCUUUGUGAGCUGCUGCGCUGGAAAGAGGACCCAUCCCCAGAGAACCGCACGCUCUGGGAGAACCUGUCCAUGAUCCGCCGCUUCCUCAGUUUGUCUCAAGUGGAGCGAGAUGUCAUUUACGAGCAGGAGAGCAAUGGAGGACAGCAGCAUCACGCAGACAGACCUCCUCACCUGAUGCAUGUGCCCACAGACCCUCUGCAGACUCAUCAACAGGCUCCCUCUCAGCUCCAGGUUCCUCUGCCCCUUCCUCACCCAUCCCAGCCUCUCCUAUCCCAGCAGCCGCUUCAACCCCUCCAGCAGCAGCAUCAGCAGCAGACAGAGCCUCGUCUCCCCCCUCGACAACCCACCACCGCCUCCCCCGCCGAAACAGAGGACGAAACCCGCUGCAAGAGCCGCCAGCCCAACCGCAUCUCCAUGGAGGCCCUGGGGAUCCUGCAGAGCUUUAUCCAGGACGUGGGUCUGUAUCCGGACGAGGAGGCCAUACACACGCUCUCGGCACAGCUGGACCUGCCCAAACACACCAUCAUCAAAUUCUUCCAGAACCAGCGCUUCUAUAUAAACCACGCCAGCAAACUUAAAGAGUCCCCCAUCGGCUUUCCAAACAACAACAACAACAACAAGGACGAAGGUCUGACGGAUUUUAAGGAGGCCGAGCUGAUGACCGAGCUGGAAGAAAGCGUGCAGACCAACAACACCAUGUUCUCCAUUAAAAUGGAAGAGCAUCUGGCACCCGAGACGCACGUUCAGAUUGAGCAGGAGGCUAAAGAGUAACUGGAAAACUCUCGAUUAUAUUCUCUCUUCUUUCUUUCACUCUUGUCUGUGUUUGCAUUGAGUGGAAACUGACUUUUUACACAAGACUGAAUCAGAUGAUGAUUAACUUUCACUUUUUUUGUAAAGCGUGGAUACUUCACUGUAAAGACUCGUGCAUCAUUUCAAUAAUCUGCACAAUUAAAAGAAAAUGUAUAAAAAACACACACAAAAAAAGGAAUAUUUAAAGGAAUAGUUCAUUAUUGGCUGGAAAUUUUUGUCGAAAGUGUUAUUUGAAAACCCUGAUUUGUUUGGUGUGAUCAAAAUAGCAUAAAAAUAGCCAUUUAUUAGUACUUCUUCCACAUUAAUAUAACAGUAUGAUCAUUUUUGAUAAAACUAUCGUCUCUAAAGCGUCUUUCGGAUGAGACAUAAAUCGAGGUCCUGACUCUGUGUGGUCAUUAAAAAUGGCACUUGUCGUAAAGAGUAGGUAACUCUGGUGUUUGGCCAAAUUCCCUCCUUUAGUGUGGAGUCAAUCUAGGGCAAUAUAUACUUGCAAAAUAAAAUAAAGUUUUGCAAACAAAAA